AUGAAUCAAAGACCAAUUAGACCUUCCAGCGCAUAAUAGAAUGUCUCUCAUUAAAGUGAUAAGAAUACUUCCUUUUUAAAAAAGUAAUACUCUUAAUUAAUGAUCAAGUCCGUACAAAUAAAAUAAUCAAUUAAACGUUUCAUUAUACAGAGUCAAUGAGACUGAAAAAUUGCUAGAAGAUAACUAAUUAUUGAAGGUAUAGCUCAAUUAAUUCAAAGAUGAAAAUAUUAAAUUGAGAACACGCAACACAAACUUAGAAGUAUUAUUGCCAUGAAUCAUCUAGAAAGACUUAUAAAAAUGUUAAAAGAUUAUUCAAGAAGUUGAAGCUACUGGUAACAUGAAAAGAUUCUAUGCCAAACCAACUACUGAUAAUCAAAUGAUUUUAAGUCUUAAAACUUAAAUAAAAGAAUUAAGACAAAUCUUAGAUAUAAGAGAAUCAGAAAUGCUCUAACUUAAAAAAUCUCUCAAAUUUACUAAACUUACUGAAAUGGAAAUUGAAAGAAAACAUUUUUAAGAUGAAACCAUUAGAAUGAAAAAAUUUAUUGAAGAAGUAAUACAAUAAAAUCUCUAUACUUAACAAAAACAAUAAGAUUAAUAAAAAUUAGAAGAUAUGGUGCAUUAGAGAGACAAUCUUAUCAAAUAAAUGUAAUCAGAUAUUGAAACUCUUGAAAUUGAAAAUAAAACUUUAUAAUCUCAAUAAUAAUAACUUCUUAUUGCAUUUUAAGAUUUAGACAGAGAAUAUGUUAAAUUAGAUUAGAAUAUGUAAACUAGAUUAAAGAAUAAAGAUAAGUUGAUAAAUGAACUCAAAAACAAUCUCAAUAGAAUCAAAGAAUAAGUUGAUAAAGAUUUUAAAAUAUCUUAAAAAUCAAAACAUACACCUGCAUUAUAAGCACAUAAUAAAUAACAGAAACGUAUUUAAAGUGCAAAGCCAUCUCUAUAAAUAACAAAACCAAUUUAACUAGAAGAAAUUUAUGAUCUCGUUUAAGAAAUAAAAUAUAAAUUGAUAGCCCUUUAGAAAAGUUCUAAUUAAAUAGAUAAUUUACUUUUUAGUGGAACAUCUUAAUAAACUACAAUUUCGUAAUUAACAGAGAAAUUUAUAAAGGAUCCAUUUUAGUUAGAAAGGAUUGAUGCUUAGAAUUUAGCAAGAUAUUUGAUAGAAUCAUCAGAAUAGAAGUAUCCGUAUCCAAUAAAUACAUAAAUUGGUUAAGAUAAUGGAUUAAUUCGAGGAUUGUUUAUAAAAACAAUAGGAUAUUGGGUAUGCUAUGAUUAAGUAGAAACAAAAGUGAUUGAAUGUAGUUUAGCAAAAGUAUUUUCUGGAUUAUUAUGUGAAUUUGAAAAGGCGAUGAGUAAGAAAACAUUCAAAAAGCAAGAGUUUAUAAAUUAGAUAUCUAAAAUAUUAAAAGGGAAAAUAAUAAGAGAAUUGGAAUUGACUUAUCUAAUAUCAAAAGUAUAGUAUAAUAAUAUAAAUAAGAUAAUUUUAGAAUCGAAACAUAUAAAUACUUUAAAGGGAGAUUUAUUUAUUGAAUACUUGAGAUAGUUAGAAUAGAUAAAAGGUGAAGAUGAUAUAACAGCAGAAGAUCUAUAAUAAUAUUAUGAGAAGGAGUAAUAAUGUAUAUAAGAUAUUUAGUACAGAUAAAGGAUACUUGUAUAGUAAAUAAUAGAGAAGUAAAUAAGAAUAAAUGAUUGCUCUUUUAGAUACAAAAGAGGGGAAAGUAAGAAAUAUUAGAUUAUGAUAGGAUGGAAGUGCUUAGAAAUAAGUUUAAUAGUAUUUAAUAAAGGGAGGAUUGGUUAGAAGUCAUUCAGAUCCUGAUCCAUUAGAGAUGAAAAUGAUAGAAUAGGAGUAAGAGGAAGAAUAGGGAGAUAAUAAUUAAUAUUAGAUGAAUGAAUAAGAUGAUGAAUAGAAUGAAUAUGAAGAUGAUUUUUAAACAGAUUUGAAUUAUGCAUAAAUAGAAUAUGAUUAGGAAGUUUAAGAAGAAGAAGAAGAUGAUGAUGAUUAUAAUAUAAAUGUGGAGGGAGUAUUUGAAGAAGAUAAUGAUGAUGAAAAUGAUUAAUGGGAAAAAGUAGAAAAUAAUAAAGGAAGUUUUCCAGUAAGAUAAGAGUAAUUAUUAUUUAUAUAUUAUAUAGUCGAUAAAUACCAAAUAGUAGACCAACAUCUAGCUAUAUAAAUAAAGUUAAUAGAAGUAAUAGUGAUAUCAAAGCUAGUCUAUAAUCAGACUUACAUCCUACUAAGGAAAUUAAUGAAGAAGGUAUUUAUUAUAAAAUAUCGAUUUUAUAGAAUAUUUCGAAGAAUAAUUUGAAGAGGAAAAUUGA